AUGACCGUAAUACAAGAGAUUAUGGGGUUCAUUGUUGCCCUAGAUGAGCGUGGCGUGAGAGGACUUUCGAUAAUUGAUGAAAACAAAAUCGAAUCCCAGUGGAUUGGAGAUCAUCAGAAUAUCCCCAAGUGGAAAAUUUGCUCCAGAUUGUUUGGAGGCCUGGUGAAAACCCUGAAAUGUGGAUUUGACCACCCUGAGAUUCCGAAGUCGGGAUUGAUCUUCCAAUACUUUGACUAUUAUUUGACCGAGGAAGAUGCUUUAGGGCGACCGCAACGUCCGGUAUGCUUCGCAACGUUCGUGGAUGAAAACCCCGAGAAGCUUAGCCGUAUUGUGGUUUGA